GCCAAACUGCUCUCUUUUCACCACAACACAGAACAAAACAGAGAGAAAGCAGAGCAGUGGGAAAAAGAAUGUUUUAGUCCCUCAAGACUGAUUGAUUCAUGCUCUAUGCCUACGGCUUUCAAGAGAAAACUCGAUCUCCAUCGGCGGCAGGGCCGAACGAACCCCUUGAUCUGGCUAGCAGCGAUCCUAUGCACCAUCAUAGCCAUAGCAGUUGUGAUUGCAGGGAUAGUAGUUUUCAUUGCAUACUUGGUCAUCCAUCCAAGAGUACCUGUGAUCAGCAUCACCAAUGCUCAUUUAGACCUUCUGCGGAACGACUACGCCGGCCUCCUCCAGACACAGCUCACAGUCAUUGUGAGGGCUCACAAUGGCAAUGCCAAGGCUCAUGCUACUUUCUCUGACAUAAGCUUCAACAUCAGCUUCCAAGGCCAAGGCAUAGCCGUCCUCGUUGCGGAUUCUUUGGAGGUUCCUAAGAAUAGUACUAAGGAUCUUAACUAUGUUAUUCAGUCUUCUUCCAUUCCUUUGACUCCUGAUCAGAUGGAGAAAGUAGAUGAUUCUUGGAAGAAGAAUGAGAUUGCCUUCGAUUUCAAGGGAAAUGCAAGGACUCGGUGGAGGAUAGGGCCUGUAGGAUCUGUUAAGUUCUUGUGCCGCUUGAACUGUCAACUCAAGUUCCAUCCUUUGAAUGGCAGCUACAUUCCAAAUAGGUGCACCUCAAAAUCAAAAUGAAUCUCUUCUUAUUCUCCUCCUUCUUUCAUAAUUCAACUUACAUAUUCUUAUUUUUCUUGCCUAUGUAGAUAUUAUUUCAGCUAAUAAAAUUCAGUAUCUAUU